CGUUGUGAUUGGCUGCUCUGGGCGCAGAGACUCACGGGAUUGCAAAGAUGUCCGCGUUCAUUUGAAAGUGUGUUUUUACUUCAUUUUCAUUAGUUUUAGUUAGUUUCAUUACAGGUGUAACUGCUAGCACAUUCUGGUGACAUCCAGUGAAAGAAAGGACCGGACUCCAAGACAAGAGCCAGGCUAUUCCUUAUUACCAGAAAUAAAAUGCUGAUAUUGGGGACUCAUGUCGAACGUGCAUGAAGAGAGAGCUGCCAUGAUGAUAGCCGCUGGGGAACUGCAGCCGUUUGUCCCGUUCGGCCGUGAGCACUGCCAACGCCACCCAAGCGCCGUGAACCUCCAGCUGCGCCAGCUGCAGCCUGCCCCCGAGCUCUGGUGCUCUGACGGAGCAGCGGGACUCGUGGGCUCCUUGCAGGAAGUCAGCCUCCAGGAGAGAGAGAAAGAGUCCUGGCAGCUGAGGAAAGGCUCCGAUGUGUUGACUGAUGAAGCCGAGUAUGAAGAGGAGCUGUACGUGGCCGGGCACAUGGUCAUCUGGAGCCGUGGGACCAAGAGUCAAGCUUCCUACGUGUACAAGGCUUUCACUGUGGACAGCCCAGUUCAGCAGGCCCUGUGGUGUAAUUUCAUUGUUCCUCAAUCCCGGAAAGAGGAAAAGGACACAGUUGAGCAGAGUGUCUGUAUAGUUCAAAGCACGUGUGUGAAUGUACACUCUGUGAGUGGGAAAGACUUCAUCUCCCCACUGCCGUUUCAGGUCUCCUUUUUGUGGCCCACUAAGUAUGGAUUGCUUUUUGAGCGCAAAAAUAUCACGUCUGAUGCUCCAUUGAGCCCAUCAAGGGAGCCUCUUCCCACCCUCUUUAGCAUGCUCCAUCCUCUGGAUGAAAUAGCCCCUGUUGUCUGCAAGUCUACAGGGCUGUUUGAGACGCAGCGGCUGCAGUAUGUAUCCGACAGCGCACUUCGAGUGGUGUUCUCCUGUGGUGAACCCUCCAUCAUCAUGACCUAUGAUACACUGCAGUGCAGUCAUACUAUCUGGGCUCUGCGCAAAGUCACACCAGAGGAGCAGUCUACAGUUCUGAAGUGUCCCAGUCAGGAUGGGCCGGCUCAGACCCCCACAGCCGCACCCACUUUCCUUGGCGCCCACCUGAGGAGUGUGAGCCGGCUAGACUCCCCCGGCUCGCCCCUGCACUGCCAUGCCCUGCACAACCAGAGCCGUGUGCCCUCCUCACCCGCACUGCACUCCCGUGCACACUCUCCCAAUAUCUCCAACAUGGCCGCUCUCAGCCGAGCCCACUCCCCUGGCAUGGCGGCACCUUCUUUUACGGGAGCACAGCGCUUCAACAUGUCAUGCCACUCACCAUCAGCCCGUGGACACAGCCUACUGGCAUCCCCCAACAGUACCCUGAAUGAAACAGCCCUGAUGCCUGAGAUGGAGCCCAUCCUGCCUGACCUCUGCAUUGAGCAGCUGUGGACAGAGACCACUAGUUCCUACAGGGAGAAGAGCUGCCAAGCAUCCAAAGUGUUCAUUACUUCUGACCUGUGUGAGAACAGAUACCUGUGCUUCCUGGUUGAAUCCCACCAGCAGCUCAGAUGUGUCAAGUUUCUUGAAAGCAAUGAAACUUCCCAACUCAUAUUUGCCUCAGUUACUUCCAUUCCGGCCAAAGACGCUGCACCUUUGGAGGACAUAGAUGCUUUGCUGGUAUUAGAGACCAAUGGCAGCUUGGUGUUAUACACAGGAGUCACACGGGUGAGCAAAGUGUUUGUCCCUGGUCUUCUGUCACCAACCUUUGGUUUGCCAAACCCCCUGCCACACUUAAACACCCCCCUGGAGAACGUGAGCACUCCGGCAAAAGCAACCGUCCAGCACAUGAGUAGGCUUGAGGAGUCCGACAUGCCUUCCCCUGUGUCAGAGAUGAGAACAGUGCAGCAUCAUGAGUCAUCAUGGCUAGAGGAUUCUCCGUUCCAGCAGGCAACGCCACAUAUCCAGGCCCUGCGAGACCCAGUCAGCAACCGUCUCACACUGGAACUGAGCAAUGGCUCAAUGCUGAGGAUCACUAUUCCUGAAGUAGCUACAUCGGAGCUGGUGAAACGAUGCCUACAAGCCAUUCGGUUCAUUCUGCCCAAAGACACAGCUAUGAAGGUGCUGGUGAAGUGGUACAAUAUCUACAAUGCUCUCGGAGGUCCCAGCAUGCAUCAGGAGUGGAAUCUGUUUGUCACAUGCUUGAUGACACUAAUGGGCUACAACACGGAACGUCUGUCGUGGACACGAAAUCUCCAUUUUGAAGUGCCCCUCUCACCGGUAAUUGCUCCUAAGAAGGCACGUCCGGCAGAUACAGGCUCAGAUGAAGACUGGACAUACCUCUGUACUUCAGACUACCACUGCCAGGUGUCCGUGUAUCCAGCCCCAGGCAUGUCUGGUCUGGAUGCAAAAGCGUCUGCUAGUAGCAUGGAUGAGAGCGGGCCAGCAGCAGAGCUGGAGCCCUCAGCUCUGCUCUUCACCCACAUCCCAGCACUUUUCUAUGUGCUCCAUCUGCUGUAUGAGGACCUAAAACUGGACGAGCUCCAGCGUAGCGGUGCCCGUGCCCUCGUGGGCCUCCUGCAACAGAUGGCCAGGGACCUGCAACAGGAGGAAUACAUUGAUCUGUACUGGCGUGAUUACCCCUCAUUCAUCAAAAGCUUCAAGGAAACCUGCAAGAUAGAUCAGGCUCAGAUGGAGUUGAUGAGCUGGCCAGUGUACCUGACUGGUGAAGUGCCCUGUGUGUUUGCGUGGCUCAGCAGCUGUCUGAGGGGACAGGAAGUGCCUCCAUUCCCCUACCUGCCUGGCAUUUGUGAAAGGACCAAACUGAUUGUGUUGAGCUAUGCGCUAUAUGUAGUGGGAGAUGAAAAAGCUGCUUCAUCUAAUGUGUCUAAGUACCUGUCCAGGCUCUCUGCAGGGCAAAAGAAAGGUUUCAGUGAUCCUGCUCUUAGAAGACAGAGCAGUGUGAAGCAGAGCGCUCCAACAGGCUGUCUCGCAGAGAAACUGGUGGUGUGGUUGACCUCUGAAGGCUUUAUGUUGAAGGAUCUGGAGUCUGUGCCUUUUGGUGUGGCACUGCCAAUCCGAGAUGCCAUCAUCCAGUGCAGAGAACACCCCUGCUCCGAUUGGUCUGAAGAGGUCUGUGCUCUGAUUGGACGACAGGACUUAACCAAGCAGGCUCACAAGGUUUCCCUGGCCAAAGGAAAACCGAUGGUAGCACUAAAUGAGCCACUAGAAUCUCCAAUAACGAGCGAGGCAGAUGAGGAAGAGGAUGGUAUGGCAGAUCUUCAUCCGGAGGUGACGGGGCUGAUCUGGAGCCGUGACCUGCGUGUUCAGGAGGUUCGACGUCUGCUCCAAAGCUCCAGACCUGUACGGGUCAAUGUCCCCCACCUGCCAGAGGUCAGCGACCAUGAGUAUAUUGAGGAGAAGGAGAACAAGCUUCUCCAGCUGUGCCAGCGCACCAUGGCUCUCCCUGUGGGUCGAGGCCUCUUCACACUGUUUUCAUACCAUCCAGUGCCAACUGAGCCCCUGCCCGUGCCCAAGCUCAACCUGACUGGGCGAGCUCCACCCAGGAACACCACCGUGGACCUGAACAGUGGCAAUGUUGAUGUGCCACCCAACAUGGCAAGCUGGCCCAGCUUUCACAACGGUGUGGCAGCAGGCUUGAAGAUUGCACCGGCAUCACGUGUUGAAUCGGCCUGGAUCGCCUACAACAAACCCAAGAGCACCGAGCUAGCCAACGAGUAUGCUGGCUUCCUAAUGGCGCUCGGCCUUAAUGGCCACCUCACCAAACUUGCCACGCUUAACAUCCACGACUAUCUAACUAAGGGCCAUGAGAUGACGAGCAUAGGCCUCUUGUUGGGUGUUUCAGCAGCUAAGCUGGGAACCAUGGACAUGUCAGUCACACGCCUGCUGAGCAUCCAUGUGCCCGCCCUGCUGCCACCCACUUCUACAGAGCUGGACGUGCCACACAGCGUGCAGGUGGCCGCCGUGGUGGGCAUCGGCCUUGUGUACCAGGGGACUGGACACCGGCACAAUGCAGAGGUGCUGCUUGCAGAGAUAGGCCGUCCUCCCGGCCCUGAAAUGGAGUACUGCACAGACAGAGAGUCCUACUCUCUAGCCGCAGGCCUGGCACUUGGCAUGGUUUGCCUUGGGCAUGGCAGUAACCUGAUCGGCAUGACGGACCUGAAUGUACCGGAGCAGCUUUACCAGUACAUGGUGGGAGGACACCGACGCACACACACCGGCAUUAACAGAGAGAAGCACAAAUCCCCAAGCUACCAGAUUAAGGAAGGUGACACAAUCAAUGUGGAUGUGACCUGCCCUGGUGCCACCUUGGCGCUUGCCAUGAUCUAUCUAAAAACCAACAAUAGGUCUAUAGCUGAUUGGUUGAAAGCCCCAGACACCAUGUUCCUGCUGGACUUCAUCAAACCUGAAUUUCUGCUGCUGAGGACUCUGGCCAGAUGCCUCAUCAUGUGGGAUGAGAUACUGCCUAAUGAGGAAUGGGUGACUAGCAAUGUGCCUCAGAUCAUCCAAGAGAACAUUGGACUGCAGGAGGAAGCGCUAGUGUCUGAGGAUCUGAACAUGGAAACUUUGGUGCAAGCUCAUGAUUAUAUCAUCGCUGGGGCCUGCAUGGCUGUGGGCUUUAGAUUUGCUGGUUCUGCAAAUUCUGAUGCCUUUGACUGUCUGUAUAAGUUUGCUCGAAACUUCAUGAAGUCUCUCACUAGCACCACGUCUACAGCCACAGUUUCGGGGCAGUAUAAUCUGCAGACGUGUCUGAGCAUGGUGCUUCUGGCCACUUCCAUGGUCAUGGCCGGCUCAGGGAACCUAAAGGUGCUUCAGCUCUGCCGUUUUCUGCACAAGCGUACGUUUGGUGAGAUGAACUACGGAUUCCAUAUGGCUCACCACAUGGCCUUGGGCCUGCUCUUUCUUGGAGGAGGCAGGUACACACUCAGCACCUCCAACUCCGCCAUUGCUGCCCUUCUCUGUGCUCUUUAUCCUCACUUCCCUGCUCAUAGCACCGAUAAUAGGUAUCAUCUCCAGGCCCUGCGUCACCUCUGUGUGCUGGCAGCUGAGCCUCGUUUGCUUGUGCCUGUGGACGUGGACACUCUGAAACCCUGCUACGCCCUGCUUGACGUCACCUACAAGGAAACACAGUGGUAUGAGGAGACAACCGUGGAAUUGAUGGCUCCCACUAUGCUCCCUGAACUUCAUCUUCUGAAACAGAUUAAAGUGAAGGGUCCAAGAUACUGGGAACUGAACAUCGAUCUGACCAAAGGAACUCAGCAUCUGCAGUCCAUCCUUUCCAGAGACGGCGUUCUUUAUGUGAAGCUGCGUGCUGGACAGCUGCCCUAUAAGGAUGAUCCUCGGGGAUGGAAAAGUCUGCUGGCUCCUAGUGUCAACAACAGAAACCCAGAAGUGCGCACUUUCAAGCCUGAAGCCAUUUCGACGUUCACGUCAGAUGCUGCCUUGGUUUCCUUUGCAAAGUACUUCUGUGAAGCCUCUGAAAACAUGAAGAAUAAACAGGACACUGUGGCCUUAUUCUCAGCUAUUCUGUAUGAAUGUGUGACCCAGGAAAAUCCGGAGAUGCUGCCCACCCAUAUCUCAAUUGAUCAGGUUGUGAAGGCUCUGGAGCAGGGAGAGCUGAGUGAGACGUUCUCGCUGUGGCAGAUGAAGCUCGUGCUGGAGCUCUGUGAGAGCAGAAUAUUACAGCAGAGGCUGCGGGACACACGCAGGCAAAGCCGUGGUCUGCUGCUAAGUUCUGAGUUCCUGCCCGUCAUGAAGACCUCAGCCGACCAGGCGCUAGACCGUUGGCUCUGUGACAACAGACAUGUGCUGCAGGAGUACAUUAGCAGGCUGCCUACCAGUGAUGAUACAGACACCAGCAUUCUAGCCUGCUUCUUGAUCUAUCACUCAAUUCCUAGCUUCAGGAAGAUGGCCACAACAGACCUUGAGGGGUGCUCGUCUUUCCCUGAGCUGCUGUUGAAGUUCAGUCAAUUGGGCGUUCCUGUUCGAGGCCUGCUACAUCUCAGUCCUUUGCUUUUACACAAUGGUGGCUCUACUAUAUCGCAACACUUUUCCUCUGACCCCCAGAGGUCAUGAACCUAAUAUGCGCCCUUACUGUUUUACAGCAGGGAUAUCCACAUGUCUUCCUAGGGAGACUCCAACACCCAACUAACAUAAAAUCCUUUCUGGGAUAUUCAAAAGAUGACCCAGGUUUCAUGGCAAGGCCUGGCUUAAAUAGUAGGUCCUUAGGCUCAAAGAUGACCACUGCUGCAUUGCGGUUAUGUAAAUAAUUUGUAUCCAUGUUUGUGUCUGUGAUAAUGGUGUCAAUAAAUGAUUUGAAAUGAG